AUGGCGGUCAGCAGUACUGAUAAUAUUGGCAAGAGGCUUAUGGCCCAGGUCAUUGAUGGCUUGUCAGAGACGGACCCUAACAGGAAAGUCUGCACCAUGCCAAAGGGCCCUGACUGCUCGGACGGGUUCUUUGACUUGACAUUCAAGCAGCUUGCUCACACGGUGAACUACAUGUCCUGGUGGAUAGAGGAAUCAUUUGGACGCAGUACCUCUCCAGCUGAGACAUUGACCUAUCUUGGAGCAAACGACAUCCGCUACCUGGUGAUUGUCAUGGCCUGUAACAAGACCGGCUAUCAACCAUUGCUUUCUUCUACUCGCAACUCACAAGCAGCCCAAGGCCGACUGCUUGAAAUGACGGGCUGCUCAAAAGUUGCGUACAGAUUCCCGAAACCUAUACGCCUCACUUAUGGCUACUUUGGUGCUCUAGAUCAAGGUGCACAUGCCGAAAUACCCCCAGGAAGAACCGCAGGUGUUCCAGAUAGGCUUACCUCUGAUGAUCUCAUGAUGGCUACGACUCCAUUCUUCCAUCUGAUGGGGUUUUCCUUGCUUAUAAUGGCCGUCUUCCAUGGGAUUCCGUGUGUUAUACUACCAGACAAACCACUUUCAACAGAUCUUUUGACCUCUGUACUCAAUUUUACCAAGCCAACAGCCGCGCUGUUCCCUCCAUGUAUUCUAGAAGACAUGUCGACCUCCCCAGAAGCUAUGGAUGCACUCUCGGAUUUGAAGUAUGUAUAUUUUGGUGGUGGGCCCCUUGCCACCGAAAUUGGCCACAAAAUCAGCGAGCGCACUAAGCUCGUUAGCUUCCUUGGGAUGACAGAAGGGGGGUUUGUUCUGUCAAUGGUUCCACAAGACGAGGAGGAUUGGUCUUAUUUUGAAUGGGGUACAUCUUUUGGGAUUAAGAUGGAGGCAGUGGCUGAUGGCCUAUUUGAAAUGGUUCUACACAGACGUGAGAGGCCAGAUCUCCAGCCCAUCUUCCACACCUUCCCUGAACUCGAGAGAUAUCAUACCAAAGACCUCUACUCACCCCAUCCCACAAAACCUGACCUAUGGAAGUUUCACGGUCGGCUCGAUGAUGUGAUUAUACUCAGCAAUGGAUUAAAGUGUAACCCGGUUACUAUGGAGAAGAUCAUUGAAGGGCAUCCCUUGGUCUCCCGAGCAGUUAUUGUUGGCCUAGGCAGGUUUCAAACCGCCCUCCUCGUGGAACCUAACUGGAGCCAGUGGGCUGAAGAUAGCUCGGAGGAUACGUUUAUUGAGCAAAUUUGGCCCACGGUACGAGAGGCAAACAGGAUAGGUCCAACACAUGGGCGGGUCAUGAAAAAUAGAAUCGGGGUAGCAUCUCGCAGCAAACCAUUUAGCACCACGCCAAAGGGAAGCACACAAAGACGACUGGUAGCCGACGGCUAUAAGGAUGAAAUUGAGCAUAUUUACACGAAUCCAGCCAGUGAGGUAUUAGUUUAUGCGAUCCCUGAGACUAUGGAUCUAGCUGGUAUAACUGGAUCAGUCCGGGAUAUUGUUUCUGAUGCUCUGGGACUGUCUGAAUUCACAGACAAGACAGAUCUCUAUAGCAUAGGGCUCGACUCCCUACAAACGCUGCUGUUAAGUAUGAUUCUUCAAAGGUCCGGUUUUACUUCCUUAACACCCCAAAUGGUUUAUUCUCAUCCCACUGUUGAAAAGCUGUCGAAUUUUCUCUAUUCACUCGUGAGCGGUACCGAAAGGAAUUCGAUUUCAAGGUCCGAGAAUAUUGAUGCACUCGUCAAGAAAUAUACAGACGACCUCCCUAACAUAGAAAGCACAAAUAAGCAUUCCGUCAUCCUCACAGGAUCCACUGGUUCUCUAGGUACCUAUCUCCUCAAUUGUCUUUUGGCCGACGAUACUGUCUCCAAGGUGUACUGUCUAAACCGGUCAGAUGCCAAGGAGAGACAGGCCAAAAACUUCGAACAAAGGGGGUUGCAACCUGAUGCUCUGGACAAGGUUGAAUUCCUCACUGCUUCACUCAAUAAGGAGCGGUUUGGGCUCGCCGAGGAUACAUAUGACGAGCUUAUCCGCACUGUAGAUACAGUCAUCCACAAUUCCUGGAGAAUGGAUUUUAACAUCUCCGUUAAUUCAUUUGAGGACCAAAUUCAGAGUGUUCGCCGGCUGGUCGAUUUUAGUUUACGGAGUGUGCACCGUGCUCACUUUUAUUUCAAUUCCUCUAUUGGGGCAAUUGGCGAAUGGAAGCUUGCACAUGGGCCUAUGAUACCUGAGAUCCCCUUGGAAAUCUGUGAUGUAGCGCUGCGGCAGGGAUACGGAGAGGCAAAACAUAUUUGUGAGCGCAUCUGCCAGGCUGCCUCUCGAGCUGGAGUACCAACAACCAUUCUCCGGCUGGGGCAAAUUGCUGGCCCGACCACUGAGGCUGGUAUAUGGAGUCCAUCAGAGUGGCUACCUGCCAUUGUUGCAACGUCGAAAGCUAUUGGCAAAAUUCCCCGUACAUUGGGAUCAAUGCCGAUAGACUGGGUUCCAGUUGAUACACUUGCCACUAUCAUUCUGGAAAUCAUACACUCACGCCAGACAACGCAAGUGGAAUCGCGCUGUUCAGUUUUCCACUUAGUCAACCCAUCGACCACCUCAUGGGAGUGUCUCCUGCCCUCAAUUCACGAUAGAUACGCUGCCCAACGAGUUUCCAUGAAAGACUGGGUAGAAGAGUUGGAGCGUGUUGAGAAGCCAUCUGCUCGGGAUAUUUCCACAAAACCUGCGUUAAAGCUACUUCCUUUCUAUAGGAGUUUAGUAGAAGGAGAAGGGGCUCUUUCGGUGCCAAUUAGCGUCGAGAAGACUAUAGAAGCGAGCCAGACGAUGCGAUCAAUGGGGCCAAUUUCAGCAGACUUGAUGGCAAAUUGGCUAAGACAAUGGCAGUUCUAG